AUGUCGAACUUGAAGAUUUUCGUACCCCCAGCCCCAAACGCAGCUGUCUCUGGUAUCCUAGGCACCCGCGGGAUGGAGAUCGUCGAUGUACACGGGAAUAAAGUCGUCCUCAAAGGAGCUGGUCUAGGAGGUCACUUGAACAUGGAAAACUUCAUCACAGGAUACGCUGGUCAUGAACAAGGAAUGAGACGGGCGGUUCAGAAGGUACUCGGGGAGCACAAAUCCAACUAUUUUUUUCACAAGCUCCUUGAAUACUUCUUCGAUGAUCUGGACGCCGAAUUUUAUGCGUCUUUGGGGUUCAAUUGUCUGAGAAUACCUUUCAACUACCGGCACUUUGAAGACGACAUGAAUCCGGGUACUUAUGACGAGCGUGGCUUCCUCUGGCUUGAUCGAAUCAUCAAUAUUUGUGCACGCCAUGGUAUCUACACCGUUCUGGACAUGCAUACCGUUCCUGGUGCCCAGAAUCAAAACUGGCACAGCGAUAAUCCAACGAACACGGCGUUGUUCUGGGAGCACAUUGAUUUCCAGAAUCGCGCUAUUCGUUUGUGGGAAGCCUUGGCUGCCCGUUAUAAAGGUAAUACGUGGGUAGCGGGCUACAACCCGCUUAAUGAACCUGGGGACGAGUAUCAUUAUCGUUUACUGAACUGGUACGAACGGGUCGAGAAGGCCAUCCGAGGGGUAGAUCCUGAUCAUAUUUUGUUUUUGGACGGAAAUACGGUUGGUGUUGAACUUUUUAAGAGCCCUCUGCCCAAUUCUGUCUACGCGAUUCAUGACUACUCAAUCUAUGGAUUUCCAGGGAGUGAGCCGUACUCGGGUUCGGAACGACAGCUGCAGCAUUUGUGGGACCAAUAUGAUCAUAAAGUCGAAUAUCAUGGCAAAGCGAACGUGCCAAUCUGGAAUGGAGAAUUUGGUCCUGUAUAUUCAUCCCCUCGCGAUGGGGAUAACUGGCAAGAAACUAAUCUACAGCGGUAUCACCUUCUCAAGGACCAGCUCUCCAUCUAUGCGCAGGAAGGAAUAUCGUGGUCUAUCUGGCUUUACAAAGACAUCGGCCUCCAAGGCAUGGUCUACGUGUCGCCGGAAUCUCCAUAUCUAAAACGCUUUGGAGAAUUCAUAGCUAGGAAGAGGCGGUUGGCUGCCGAUGAAUGGGGGGCAGAUGUGACAGCUGUUGAGAGUGUUUUUGAGCCUCUUAUAGCUUGGUUCAAUGAACAAGUUCCCAACUUUAAUAAGUAUCCUAGCGCAUGGGGUACAAAGAAACAUUGUGCGUUUACCCUCCGGCUUGAACGAGUGACUCGUCAUAUCUUAUUGAGCGACUCCUUGUGUGGGGAGUACGCUGAGCUCUUCCGUGGUUUGACUAUGGAGGAGUUGGAUGCCUUAGCUGCAUCAUUCAAAUAUGAGAACUGUGUCCAGCGGCAAGAACUGAACCAGAUUUUGAAAGCAAAUUCGGGCAAAGAAUAA